AUGAUGAGUAGCUCUUUCUUAUGUUCUAGACUAUUGGUCGGAUCAUUCUGUUCCAGCAAGGGAAGCCUCGACCACAACGACCACCGCUGCUGGAUGCGGCCUGAGGAUAUGGAGUACAUGAGAUCACCCCUCCGAUGUUUCUCGGAAUGCACAAGCCUUGCUGGCGAGGUAGCAGCAGCUCUAGCUUCUGCCUCCAUCUUCUUUAAAGACGACGCCCACGAAGAGACACUUCUCACUAAAGACUUCCACAAGUUUAACUACAUCGUGGUGUAG